UUUGCCUCACUUGUUUCUUUUUCUGAUUAAACGGCUGGGCUUUGACCACAAGGGCUUAUAAAACUCUCAGCGGUAGAGUCUCCCCACACAGAUAACAGAAGAUAAACAUAAAACAGGGUUGACAGAGGAUGUCCAGAGCUGACUGGGGUUUUCUGGAGCACCUGCUAGAGGAAGGUCAGGAGUACUCGACUGGCGUGGGGCGCGUGUGGCUAACCGUGCUCUUCCUCUUCCGCAUGCUUGUGCUUGGCACGGCGGUCGAAUCUGCAUGGGACGACGAGCAGUCCGACUUCGUCUGCAACACCAAACAGCCUGGCUGUGAGUCCGUCUGCUAUGACAAGGCCUUUCCCAUCUCCCACUUCCGUUUCUUUGUUCUGCAGGUCAUCUUUGUCUCAACACCAACCAUUUUCUACUUUGGCUAUGUGGCCCUGAGGGCUAGAAAUGAAAAGAGGCUGGAGGAGAAGGAGGAGGAGGAGGAGGGCAGAAGAGAGAGACGGAGAAAAACCAACGAGUUUAAGUUGGAGGUAAUAAAGGAGGAAGACGAAGAGAGCGAGAAGAAGGAAAAAGAGAAGAACCACAAAGCUCCAGGACCUCCAAAGCUCAAAGGGAAACUGCUGUGUGCUUAUGCGACUAGCAUUGUAUUAAAGGUUCUCAUUGAGAUAGGCUUCAUUGUGGGUCUGUGGAUCCUUUAUGGGUUUGUAAUCGAGGCAAAGUAUGAGUGCCAGCGGUUUCCCUGUCCUCACACGGUGGACUGUUUUGUCUCACGACCCACAGAAAAAACGAUCUUCACCAUAUACACGCAGGUCAUUGCCGCAGUCUCUGUUCUUCUCAACGUUGUGGAGCUUCUCCAUCUGCUUCAGCUAGCAGUAACACAUCGACUAGAGAAGAGAUUUCAAAGCGAGGAGGACGUUAAUAAACUUACUAGGGUGACUUCUUCAAGAAAAGAACCAGCUAAAGCUCAAAUGCCAUCAUUUGAGGAAAGAAACCAUCUCUUUCUUCCUGUAGCACAUGAUGGCUACCCUGCAUCAGGGUUGAACUGGGAAAAAAGAGACCCUGCUAUAGCAGAGGACAUGCUUCCUAGCUACUCAAAGUGCAUGAGCAAUGUAAAACCUGCCUUAACCAAAAACAAUCUUCAUAAAAAACACCACAAGACUGAAGAUGAACCGAAACAUUAUGUGUGAGGACCACUAAAUGAGAACCAAGGACUCCAUUUUGGGGAACUACAUGUGUAAAAGACUGUUAGUGGUUUACUGUACAUUCGAGAGCCAUUUCCUUUGCUUAGAUAGGCAGGGCUGUGCCUUGGGAUGAACUGUCUUUUGUGAUCGGUGGCCAGAUACAGGAGCCUCUCAAGUAGUGAUUCGUUUUGAGAAGCGGUCAGGAAGGUCAAGAAAUAGGCUGGUAAACCAUGAGCCUAAGAGAAACAAGCACAAAGUCUAAAAACAUAAUGACUACAGAUGGUACAGAUAAGGUAAUGUACAUCAUGUACAGGAUUUGAGACCAAAAUCAAAAUUAAACCAUACCAACCAACUGUAUAAACAAUAUUUAAAAUGUAUUUAUGAAUGAUUUUAUACUUGAUUGAAUAUUUAUUUUCAUUAAAAGAUUUCUGGUAUUUCUUCCAUUUUUGGACUUCUUACAUGAUUAGGUCUUUGUUCGAUAUAUACAGUAUUCUGCAUUUAUGCCACGUCGCAAUGCAUGUAAUUAAUUGUUUUUUUGUUUAUUUUCAUAUCAUCCUUAAUUAUUAAGAUUGUCACCCAAUUAUAGUAAUUAUUAAACAGAAGUAUACUGCAUUUAUUGUGCAUUGGCACAAGUCAGCACUCUUUUUUUACAAGUUGUAAUUUACAAGAACUACAAGAACAAAUCAAAGAUGGCAUGAAUGAACCUACACAGCCAACCUGUCACGUUUAUUGUAAAAACCUGCAUCUACAUUUUCGCAAAACUUCAGAUAUGUAGCUAUCUGUGUACGUACAAGAACCAACUUAACCUAAAAAUAAAAUGUUGCCAGAUUCAUGUUCAUCUGUUUUGGAUAAAGCUAAACGUGGUUUUAGCAACACUCACAGGACAUAUCACAUUCAAAAUAUUAUUUCACAGAACUUUUGACACAGGCAUGUUUAUGUUUUCCCAG